AUGAACCGCGACGAGUAUCCACGCCGCAGCAUCAUCGGCUACAAAGUCUUCACAGCGCUCUCAUGGCUCCUAGUCGUCAUCACGUCCAUCUACUACACCUUCGAGGCGCCGCACGACGGCAAGCACAAGCAUGAUCGCCACACAAUCUGGGGCCAGAAUCGGCACCACCAUACGCCGUUCGCGAUGAACUCUGUUAUUACGAGCGUGUAUUGGCUCGUCCUCUACAUAAUGCAGAUCGGCUACGCGUGGCACCUCUACUCCGGCAACGAGGUCUACGUCCGCGCCGCUUGCAACGUCGGCUCCCACUUCAUCGCGCACAACCUGCUCCUCUUCGUCUUCAUCAUGCUCUGGGUACGGGGCCACUUCGUGAUCGCAGAGGUGCUGCUCAUCAUCAACUUCUUCAACCUGUCCGCGGCCUACUUCCGGCACAGCAAGACUCCAAGAUUCAUUCAUAUUCCGGUUGUGAGCGGCCCGCUGGCGUGGAAUUUCGUCGCGCUGUAUUGGUGCGGCGCGGCGAUGGUGCAUGCGCAUAGCUUGGCGGCGAGGAUUUUGGCGAAUAUCGCCAUUUGGGGAAUACUGGCGUAUGGGAUGUUCUUUUUGGUCGCGUUUAAGGAUUAUACGAUGGGGUUUGAGCUAUCGGUUCUCGCAGCCGCGCUCGGCGUAUCGCAGUUCCUGACGCAUGCGAUUGCGUUCCAGUGGAUCUUCGCGUUCAUCAUCAUGGGGAUAUUGUUCUUCCUUUCCCUGGCGGUCGGCGUGCCAGGAUUGUUGGGAAGGGACCCGUUCAAGCGGGGUGAGAUUGUUAGUGAGGAUAGGGAGAGGGCGCCGUUGUUGGCCGAUGAGUAG